UCUGAGCAAGCAGAACACAAAACCCCUGUGCAGUUUAGCCUAACUAUCCCUUGCUCUUUUGAAACAACUCAAUUGCCUCCUAACCGCAAACAGUUUUCCCGCUAUUUUGUCGCCAGUCAGGUGGUACGAAGACACUUAAUCAACAAUCACAGUCUAUGUGGAACGUGGUCUUCUCCAAAACCUCAGACGACAGCGCUUUGAACAUUGCAAAACCUUUGCAAUGGCUCUCGCGGCCCUCCUGUGGGAGAUGGGUCGGCUGUGGUGGUCCAAUAUGAACGGUGCAGUUCUGAUGGUGUCCGUGGCGGCAGUAGGAUUGUGGUUGGCAGUGUUUUAUCUGAACGACAGGAAGAAGAAAAGGAGCCGAUGGCAGCAAGCAGGAAGGGAUGUGAUAGUGGUACACUGUCCUUCUCCGGGUCGUUUCACCCCAAACUUGUCACCUUUCGUCCUGAAGCUGCUCACCUUUCUGCGCCUCUCUGGCCUGCCGCAUUUGGUGGACCACAAAGAACCAUUCGGACCGAAAGGUAAAACUCCAUGGAUUACUCUCAAUGGCGAAGACCUUACUGAUUCUCACCUGAUCAUAGAAAGGCUAUCUCGCCAGUAUAACAUUGAUUUGACAGACUCCUUGACGGUAAAACAGAAAGCGGCUGCAAAGGCUUUUACUAUUAUGAUUGACGAGCAUGUUUGCUGGUGCUUGAGGGCGUGGCGUUUCAACGAGGACGGCGGCAGGAACCUGAAGGAGGGAAUGAGCUUACCUUUCUACAAACGGCUUCUCCUCCCUCUGUUCAUAUGGCAACAGCAGAAUGCACUGUGGCACCAGGGCGUGGGUCGCCACUCGCACGAUGCGGUGAGGGCAAUGAUGAAAGAAGAUCUGCUGGCUCUCUCGAAGUACCUCGGUGACAAACCCUUUCUAAUGGGUGACACGGCAUGUGUAGUGGACUGUUCUAUGUUCGCGUUCUUAGCAAACAUCUUGUAUAACUACAGUCGUUCUCCAUACUAUGCUAUCAUAAAUGAAGAGCUGGCGAAUUUACGGCCAUACGUGGACCGUCUGAAGACCCAGCUGUGGCCAGAUUGGGACGCGUGUCUGGCGUCGGUGUAACGUCCCGCGUGGCCCCGGAUCGUCCUGC